GAGGCUGCUGAGUGGGGAGCUGACGCUGCUCACUUCAUCCAGAGAGAGCGAGAGACCCAGACACUUUGGCAACAGGGCAAGCACCUGGCUGGGGAACCAUGUCCAACAACAUGGCCAAGAUCGCCGAGGCCCGCAAGACGGUGGAGCAGCUCAAGCUGGAGGUGAACAUUGACCGCAUGAAGGUGUCAAAGGCGGCGGCAGAUUUGCUGGCCUACUGCGAGGCGCAUGCCAAAGAGGACCCGCUGGUGACUCCGGUGCCCUCCUCGGAGAACCCCUUCCGCGAAAAGAGGCUCUUCUGCAUCGUGCUUUGAGCCCUGCAGCCAGCGACUCAGCGCCCCCCUCUCCCCCGGGGCUGCAGCUCCAGAGCGGCACCGCUAGCUUUAGCACAGGGGAGCGGAGAGUGGGUCAGAGAGCGGCGGGGAGGUGUGUGGGCACUGUGGGACAGAGCAUGGGGUGUGGGCUGCACACCCUGACUGACCUGGGGUGUCUGCUUCACCUAUCCUCCUUUCUCCCCCCCCCAUCAGUGAACAUUAUCUCU